AUGGCUAAAGCAGUAAAAAAGGCAGUUGCUAAAAAUUCAUCGCCUCAAACAUCUACAAAUGGUAAAAAAAAAGACAUAAAAACUACUCCAACAAAUGGUGAUGUUACUUCUGAUAUCAAAAAAACACCUGCAAAAAAAAGAAAGAUAACUGAAGACAUUGAAACUCCUUUGUCAGUAAAAAAACUUAGAUUUUUAGAGGAUCGUAAUGAGGUUAAAUUUUUUAAAAAAGGUAGUUUAUUACCACCAUUAAAGCCAUCACCCUGUACCCCAGGAAGAAGUAUUCUCAAGAGUUCAGCUACUUCUACACCUAUUGCUACUGUUGGUAAGAAAAAAAAAUCUUUUAAGCCAGGAAAAAAAGUUGUUAUUCCAAUUAAAAAAGAUGAAACUUCAUCUGAAGAGUCAGAAUCUGAUAAUGAAGAGCUUUUAAGCCAAACAGUUGAACCAAAGAAGAAUGGUAAGAAAGUUGUUGAAGAGAAAGAUACUAAAGAUAAAAAAAGUAAUGGCGAUAAUAACCUUGUAGCUAAUGGUAAAGGUAAAGAAAAUAAAAUUAUUAAAUCUCCUAGUGAUGAUAGUCAAUCGAUUAAGAAUGAACUUAAAGGUAAAAAGAAUAAAGAAAGUAAAGUAGCAACUUCUAAGGAAGAUAAAACUGUAGAAGUUCAAGAACAGAAAUCUGUCAAUAGUAAUGAUGAUGAUACUGAGGUAAAUAUUGAACCAAUAGAUAUUAGUGGUAAAGACGGUUCUUCUGAGUAUCAAAUUUUUACGAAAGAAGAUAAAGAGAAGAUGAAAGGAAUGACACCAGAAGAAAAAACUAAAUUUAUCAAUGCACGUCUCUAUGAAACUUGUAAGAGUAAGAAAAAGAGUGAAGUUAAGGAAUUUUUAAGAAAUCUUCGUGUCAAAAAGAAACCUCAUAUAAAAGUUGCUUAUGAAAUAAAGAAACUUUGGGAAGAACUAAGAAUGAAGAAAACAAACGCUAAUAGAAAAAAGGAGAUAGGUUUGGAGAUGAUAGUUAAAAUGAAGGGAGAAAUGUUAAAGCUUGUUAAUGGAAGGGAUACAUCAAAAGUUUUCCAAUGUUUACUUUGUCUUGAUGAUCCACAAAUAACAAAAUCUAUAUUAGAUGAAUUGAAUCCACAUUUGCUUACUAUGUCACGAUCAAAAUAUGGAAGUUUCUUCGUUACAAUGCUUUUUACAAAAACUCAUGCUGCAGAGAGACAAGCUCUUUUUGAUGCUUUUCGUGGACACAUUGUUAAACUUUACGAUAUUGUAUUUAGUGCCAAAGUAGUUGAUAUUCUUUAUAAUCAAGUGGCUACAGAAAAACAAAAAUUAGAUAUUUUGUGUGAAUUUUUUGGCAAAGAAUUUGUUAUAUUUAGACAACAGGAUGAUUUUAAAAAUGUUAAAGAAAUGUUUGAUAAAUAUCCUGAUAAAAAACCAAUUAUUUUGAAAAAUUUACUAUCAACAAUAAAAAAUUGUGUUGGUAAAAAAACAAUUUCUUUUGACUUUACUCAUGUAUUAAUUAAUACCUAUUUGGAUAAUUGUUCUAAAGAUCAAGGCAAAGAAGUAAUAGAUUUAUUAAGAGAAAAAAUUUUAGAUUUAACUUUAAAAAAAGGUGGCACAAAAAUUGCUCUUCGAAUUUUAUUUAAUAGUUCUGCCAAAGAACGUAAAAAUAUCAUAAAAUCUAUGACAUCACUUGUUUCAUCAAUUGCUAUGGACCAUAAUGGAUAUCAGCUUAUUCUUGGUUUAUUUGAUCAGAUGGAUGAUACUGUUUUAGUUAAUAAAACAAUAACAAGUGAAUUAAUAAAUCAUUUACCUGAUAUUGUUAAAAGUCAUAAUGGUAAUGUUGUUCUUCAAUAUAUGGUACAACCAAGAGAUCCAAAAAUUAUUGAUUCUCAUGUAAUUGACCUUCUAUCAUCAGGUGAUAAUAACGAACACUCAAAAAAAGAUCGUACUCUUCGUGCUCAACAAAUUUAUGAUGAGAUUAAAGAUCCUCUUUUUCAAUAUGUUACAAAUUUUGGAAGAGAUAUUUUAAAGAAUAAGUUUACUGCUCAUUUAUUAUAUACUAUUUUUGAGAAUAACAAGGAUACUUAUCUUGUUGAUCGUCAAGUUCCUGAUACUGUUCGUGAAACUAUAUAUAAAAAAAUUGCUGAUGUUAUUGAGGAAUACUUUAAAAAGGAUGAAGAUGAGUCAAAAAAUUAUAAAUUUUUGGAAAGAAAUCGUCAAGCAAACUUUACUAUUAAUGAAUUAUUGAAAACUGAUAAAAAAUGUACCAUUAAAUUGUCGUCAUUUUUAGUAAACAUUGACAAAAACUGUUUUCCAGUUUUAUUAAAAACUAAUGUUGGAAAAAAUCUUAUUUCAAAUAUGUAUAAAUAUGGAAACAAAAGUGUUAAAGAUUUUGUUAAAAAAGUUGCACCUUCUGCUAUACAUUAG